GUCUCCCUCCACGAUGCUGAACUUGCCCGUUGUUGGACUUGGUACAACGGAUAGCUCCAACGAUGAGCGACCUUCCAGAGGUGAAGGAGAGAAGCAAGAUGCGUUGCACAUGAAAUCAGAACAGUGGUGAUUGAAUGGAGUGGGAGAAUGAUCAAGGGUCGCGCGCGACGCGCUAGAUCACUCCUUCCUCACGACGGGCGUGUAUCUGCUCGCUCUUUCCCUCUCACAGCCGCUGGACCGUCUACCCCGGAGGUCCCCUUGAAGGUCGCAGCCGCCAUCCAUCUUUGAACCAUCGCUGUUCUCCACCUUCACUCGUUACUUUGUAUGCAGCAUUGACCUGCGCUCUCUCCUUUGCAUAUCCCCCUCCCUUGUCCUGCACGGCCCAGGACUAUUGUGAUAAUGGCAAACAUGCGCAUGGACGCAAUGAGCAUACGCGACAGCGGUAACGAAUAUCUCGUCGAGAUGUCCACCCUGCAGAAUGGCAAUUACGACGUCUCGUACAUGGUCCCCCUCAAGGUCGGCACGCCUCCUCAGACGGUCUACGUCCAGGUCGACACCGGUUCCUCUGAUCUGUGGCUCGCCUCCCCUUCCUGCCAGACCUCCGCUUGCAAGUCCUCAGGGCACACCUACGACCCCUCAUCAUCAUCCUCCGCCCAGACAACUUCCGCGGACUUCUCCAUCUCCUACCUGCAGGGCCAAGUCUCCGGCGAUGUCGUCAAAGACACGGUUCGCAUCGGCCCCGCGUCGAUCAACGCCCAGGCGCUCGCUGCGGCGUCAAACGUCACGAACGAGCCUCUUGGGGACGAGUUCAACGGCGUGCUGGGUCUCGCGCUGCCGGACAACUCGCUGAUCGCGUCCAAGGACGGCGGGGAUGCGGUCACGAAGGGGCUCUUCGGCGCGGAUGGUGCUCCGGGAAACAAGUUCAUCGGGAUGCUGCUGGGGCGCCCGGGGAGCGAUCGCUACCCCUCCCUCCUCGGCCUCGGUACGCAUCCUUCGUCCGAGCAACUGCGUCUGCCAGACGGCAAGGACGUCGAGUCCUCGCUCUCCUACCUCGGCUUGUCCUCAGACGAGUCUGGGGAGCUCCUCUUCAAGGUGCAGCUCGCGGGCAUCGACGCGCACCCAUCUACCGUCCAAGGUCCCGAUGCGGGGACAAACCAGAACAACCUGACAGCGGACACCGCGCUCCUCGGCGCGCCCCUCCGCGCCGUCUUCGACUCCGGCGUCCCGCUCAUCCUCACCACCUCCACCAUCGCAAACGCCGUGUAUGGCGCCGUCGGCGUCGGCCCCGGCAGCGACGGCGUGUACUACCUCCCCUGCGCGACGCCGCUCAACCUCACCUUCACGCUCGCGGAGUCGGGCAGCAACGACUCGCCGCGGAUCGCCGUGCCCCUGCACCCGAGCGAUAUGGUGAUCGACGGAGGUGGUGGCGGGCGGGGCGCGGGUACGGGGUCGUGCAUGGGCGCGAUCCAGGCGGUUGCGGACCUGGAUAGCUCGUCGAGUAAUGGCGCGGGCGUCGAUAUUGUGCUCGGCACGCCGUUCAUGCGCAACGUUUACAGCGUGCUCGCGUACGAGAACCCGGAUGCGUGGCAUGGCCAGCGCAAGCGCGCAGGUCCGUCUGACUGGCGCCGCGAUGUGCCGAUGUCCGACUGGCGUCGCGACGUACCGACUUCAGACUGGCGCCGCGAUGUACCGACGUCGGAUUGGCGGCGCGGUGGUCCCUCGGCGAAGGAAGGGCGACAACAUGAGCACUCGACAUUUGUCGAGCGUGAACUUCGUCGCGAGGAUGAGCGCGAGAAACUCGUCGCAAGACACGCAAGACACAACUCAACGCGGUGUUUCUCGAGGGAACACGACUUUGAGGAGGGCAGAAGCGGAGGGGUGGGGCUUAGAAUUAGCCGUCUAGCACGUAGGUAGUGUACAUGUCGUA